AUGGCGACGUCUUCUUCCAACGGCAAGGCGCCCUCGUACGAGCUGCCUUGGGUUGAAAAGUACCGCCCCCUGAAGCUCGACGACGUAGUGGGCAAUGCGGCAACUAUUGAUCGCCUCAAGGUCAUUCAAGAGGAUGGCAACUGCCCUCACUUGCUCAUCUCGGGUCUCCCGGGCAUCGGAAAGACGACGAGUGUCCACUGUCUUGCACACGCGCUGCUUGGUGACGCAUACAAGGAGGGUGUCCUCGAGCUCAACGCUUCCGACGAACGAGGUAUCGAUGUGGUCCGCAACAAGAUCAAGAGCUUUGCUCAGAAGAAAGUCUCGCUUCCUCCGGGGCGGCACAAGAUCAUUAUCCUCGACGAAGCCGACAGCAUGACGGGCGGUGCGCAGCAGGCCCUUCGACGGACGAUGGAAAUCUAUGCAAACACGACGAGAUUCUGCUUUGCCUGCAACCAGUCCAACAAGAUCAUCGACCCCAUCCAGAGUCGUUGCGCCAUUCUGCGGUAUGGCAAGCUGAGCGAUGAGGAGGUGAUGAAGCGUCUGAUGGAGAUCUGCGACAUGGAAAAGGUCGAACACAGUAAGGAUGGGCUAGCAGCCCUCGUCUUCACGUCCGAGGGUGACAUGCGUCAGGCUAUCAACAACCUCCAAUCAACGUGGACGGGCCUUGGGUUCGUCUCGCCCGACAAUGUCUUCAAGGUGUGCGACCAGCCUCAUCCCGUCACAAUUCGCGCCAUGUUGGGUGCAUGCUACAAGGGCGACAUCGACACGGCCAUGGAGAAGCUCGACGAGGUGUGGAAUCUGGGCUACGCCGCUGUUGACAUUGUCACCACAAUCUUCCGCGUUGUCAAGACAAUGGACAGCAUUCCUGAGGCCGUCAAGCUCGAAUUUAUCAAGGAAAUCGGUUGGACACACAUGCGCAUCUUGGAGGGUGUCUCAACCGUCAUACAGCUUGGCGGCCUCCUCUCUCGAUUGUGCAAGAUGCAUCUCUCUCCCAAGCUCUUCGAGGUGAAGACAUGA